GAUGACUCCGUUGGUUUUGGUCCUUCUGGGCUUAUUUUGUUCAACUUUAGUAAAGUGCAAAGAUCCCAACAUAGAAGAAGAAGAGAGGGCAGCAUUCGAGUUUUUAUUGGCCAUCAACAAGAAAACAGAAGAAAAUGAAAAUAAGGUUGCUCUGGCCAGCUGGGCAUACGCUUCCAACCUCACAGAAGAGAAUCUCAAAAAUGAGUUAUCUGUAGCUGCAGCAGCCGCCAAGGACGAGAAAGAAACAUGGCAGCGUGUGAUUCAAUAUGACUGGAAUAGAUUUUCCGAUUACGGCGUCAAGAGACAAUUCCGAUUCUACUCGGUUUUGGGACAGGCUGCUUUACCCGAAGAUAAAUUUAAGAAUCUCCGAAAAACUAUCAGCGACAUGGAGGGCAUAUACGCGAAAACGAAAAUUUGCGAUUUUAAAGACGACAAAAAGUGCGAUUUGGCAUUGGAGCCAGAUAUGACCAACAUAUUGACCAAUUCAAGAGACCCCCAGGAGCUCAGCCACGUUUGGGUGCAGUGGCGAAACAACGUCGGCCCAAAAUGUAAAAACCUUUACGUCGAGUAUGUUAAUCUAUCCAACGAAGCUGCCAAAUUGAACAAUUUCACAAAUAAUGCUGAAUAUUGGCUCCACGAUUACGAAGAUCCCGAUUUCAAGCAGCAAAUCCAAAACCUGUGGGAGCAGCUGCGCCCACUGUAUCUGCAGAUCCAUGCCUACGUGAGGUACAAGCUCAGACAGAAGUAUGGAGAUAUUGUAACUGAGAAGGGGCCCAUUCCGGUGCAUUUAUUGGGUAACAUGUGGGGUCAGAGUUGGUCCAAUAUAGCGGAUUUCACCUUGCCUUAUGCCGGUGUAGAAGACGAAGAUCUCACUGAAGAACUAGUCAAACAAAAUUAUACCGUAACAAAAAUAUUUAAAACAGCUGAGGAAUUUUUCAAGUCCAUUAACCUCACUGAGAUGCCACAAACUUUUUGGGAUAAUUCGAUAUUGGUCAAACCAAAGGACAGAGAAAUAGUGUGCCAUGCAUCUGCCUGGGACUUCUAUGACCAGAAAGAUUUCAGAUUGGGCUGGAUAAAAUAACAUUCUUACCAUUCGGAUAUUUAAUGGAUCUAUGGCGAUGGGACGUCUUUUCGGGUAAAACAACCCCGGAAAAUUAUAAUUGCAAAUGGUGGGAACUGCGGGAGAAGUAUCAAGGGGUUGAACCGCCUUUAGACCGGUCCGAAGAAGAUUUUGAUCCUGCUGCUAAAUAUCACAUUAUUUCAGAUGUUCCCUAUCUCAGGUAUUUCAUAAGUUUUGUGAUACAGUUCCAAUUCCAUCGUGCUCUUUGCGAGAAAGCUGGUCAAUAUGAUCCAAACAACCCCAAAAAACCUCUUCAUGAAUGUGAUAUCUAUGAAAACACUGAAGCUGGAAAUGUUCUCAAAAAAAUGCUUGCUAUGGGUUCAUCUCGGCCAUGGCCAGACGCGAUGGAAGUUAUUACCGGACAAAGAAAAAUGGACGCCAGCGGCCUUCUAGAAUAUUUCAAGCCAAUUCAGACGUGGUUAGAGGAGGAGAACAAGAAGAACGGAGCUUUCAUUGGUUGGGAAAAAUCCAAGAGAGUUUGCGUCAGAACAAGAAAGGAGUUGGAAUCUAAGAAGGAUGACUGAUCGUAGGAGUGAAACAAGGGUAAAAAUGGAAUGAAGAUCUGUACUAAGACUACUGUAUAAAAAAGAAUAUUUUUAAUAAACGAUUUUAUUAUAUAA